AUGUCCCCUCUCGCCUCGAGCUCCUCCAUGAAGGCCCUGCGCACGCGAGCCUCCGCGGGGUCCGUCAGCAACCACCCAUCUGCAACUGCCGCGCGGCGGGAUUCGCAGGAGAAUACACUGACAGUUCCGUCCGAACCUCAAUCGGAGUGGUCGACGAAGCGGAGCCGAAUACCGUCCUUCUUUGCGCGCUCUCGCAAGAAGUCCACCGGUGAGGCCAUCUCGGACACGGACAGUCAUCUCUCCAGCGCAGGCGCGAACAGAGACGUGGGCGCAACCAGCGAAGGACGACCCUCUCUUGCUACCAGCAUUGACACACGAUCUUUACACCACACGCACACCGACGAGCAGCCCUCGCACUCGAGACGCAUCCUGCACCUCCUCAGCACCAAGCGCACGCACAAGAAGGACAAGCCGUCAAACGAGCCCCCGCCAGACCUGCCCGGCCCCAGCACGAAGCCUGCGGAGAGGAAAGCCAUGCAGCCGUCCAUCACGGUCUCCUUGUCCCCCGAUAACCUCCACGAAUACCAGGAUCUGUUCACCCGCGCGUCCGCCGAGGAGAGCUAUCCCACGCCCACGCCCAGCCCCUCGACGACGAGCAGAUCAGGCUCACAUGCCUCAGAAGACGACUCCGUCACACCACGUCAGUCCAACGAUCUUCAGUCGCGCGGGGGGACGCUCACGGAAGCAGAGACGUCCUCGGUGCGCCGGGCGAGCGCGAAGCGGCGGCUGCGCCCCAGCGACGCGGGCGACUACUCGGACUCUGGCGUCGAGUCCAGCCCUGCGACGCCCUCCAGUAAUCGCAGCAUCUCACGUGAUUCCACCGACUACAAACGUCGCACCUGGGGGUCCGCGUUGUCCGCGGACGAGUCGAGCAGCAUUACGACGACGACGCGCAGGCAUCGAGGCAGCUCUGCGCUGACUCUGCCACGCUCGACGCCCCCGCCGAACAUCCCGCUGCCGCUUCCCCCACGAAGCCGCGCAGGAUCCGCGGGGCCAUCCCUAUCGUCGCCGAGAUCCUCAUCAAGCUCAAACACGACAAAUUCGAGCAAUCGUCCCUUCCCCUCGCAGGAUGCCCUGGACAUCGACAACGCUUCAGCUGCAGAAUUGCGCGAAGCGCUUGUCAGGCAGAAUAAACGAUAUGACGAACUGGUCAACCACCUCCGCCAUGUGAUCGACACGCACACAACGGAAAAGGCGGCCCUUGAGAAAAAGGUGUCGUCUUUGACGCGUGAAGUGUCACGAAAGGACAAGGAGAUCAAGGGUUUGACUUGGGUCAUCGUAAAUGGGCCGGGCUCAGACUCGCCGCGAACUCCGUCUACACCCCGAUCACCGACUGCGCGGUCACCAUCGCCGACCUCCCUAUCGAGCAAGAAAUUGCGCGUACGGCAGGAGGAGAACGACUCUGGGGCGGAGUCGUACGCGACCUCUGGGACGGAGGCGCGCACAGACUCGGCAUGGGAAGGGCCAUCGGGUGCCUCGGGACUUUCCUCCAUACCCGAAGCCGUAUCGAGCAGAUCGGCAAUACCCCUCCGCAUGCCCUCGAUGACGAAGGUCUCGAGCGCAAAGGACCGCGAGCGCGAGCGCGAAAAGGAGAAGGAGAAGGCCCGCCAGGCGCGCAUCGCGCAGCGCCUCGCGUCGACGCCGACCCCCGCCUCCGCCUACGCAGCCAACUUGCGGACCGGCCGCUCCCCCUCGAUCGCCCAGGUGCUCGACAAGGACAAGGACCGGUGA